UUUCGAUCUUCAUUUUACAUCUGAUACAAUUUAGUGCUAAAAUGGCUAUAUGGUUGGUCUUUCUGUUAUCAGUUCUUCUAGAUUGUAAUGCAGAUGAGCCGCAUCACCUGGUGAAGCGAGGAGCUGCACCCUCAAACUGCUAUCACAAAUGCCCAGGAGGAGAUUCAAAUUGCAUUUACACAUCGGCAACUCAGUAUCAUUGUCGAUGUGAUUCGGGAUGGAAAGGAACAUACUGUGAAGCUAUAGACUGUACCUACUCCGGCUACUGUAAAAAUGGUGGGACGUGCAACCCCAGUUCUGGAUAUACGAGCUACACGUGCACAUGCGCCCCGGGAUGGACUGGACAAAACUGCCAGUAUGCUGAUUGUUCGUACAGCGGCUACUGUGUCAACGGCGGGACCUGCAGUUUGAGUAACGGCGGAUCCAGCUACAUAUGUAACUGUACGGACGGCUGGAAAGACAAUAACUGUCAAAAAAGAGACUGUGUAACGGGUAGCUAUUGUAACAACGGGGCUUCAUGUUCUGAAGUGGCUAGUGGAUACGAUUACCAAUGUACAUGUACCAGCGGAUGGAAAGGAAGAAACUGUCAUCUUAUAGAUUGUGCAACGGGGAAUUAUUGUGCUAACGGAGGAACGUGUUCUGAUGUCUCCAAUGGGUACGAUUAUCAGUGUGCAUGCACAAGCGGGUGGAAGGGAAGAAACUGUCAUCUCAGGGAUUGUGCAACAGGAAGUUAUUGUAAUAACGGGGGCACCUGUUCUGAACUUUUCAACGGGUACGAUUACCAUUGCGCAUGCACUAACGGAUGGAAGGGGAGAACCUGUCAUCUACGAGACUGUGCUACGGGAAGUUACUGUAACAACGGGGGUACUUGUUCGGAAGUCUCCAAUGGAUACAAUUAUCUUUGCACGUGUACCAGCGGAUGGAAAGGACUUAACUGCAAACAUAGAGAUUGUGCAACAGGUAAUUAUUGCUAUCACGGUGGUACGUGUUCUGAAGUUUCCAAUGGAUACGAUUAUUUGUGUGCAUGCAACGAAGGAUGGGAAGGAAGAAAUUGUCAGCUUAUUGACUGCGAAAGUCCGAUAAGGUGCCUCCACGACAGCAAAUGCAAUUUGAAAGAAGGUGGCAAAAAUUACACGUGUGAUUGUUCAUAUGGUUGGGCUGGAGACAAUUGUCAAGAUAUAGAUGUAUGUACACCGUACAAGGAUGCCGACAUUGUAUUCCUCGUUGAUAUUUCUGGGAGUGCAGGUACCGCUCAUGUGAAUACGUUGAAAACAUAUAUAGAGAAUUUCAUCUCAAAGUUUCCAAUAGGCCCUGAUCAUUUCCAAUUUGCAUUGCUUACUUUUGCGUUUGAGCCGCAUGUCUUGUUUUACUUGAAUUCGCACACAGACAACUCGUCAUUGCUCCAAGCAGUUGAAGACGCAAUGGGAUCCAUAACAUUCGAAGGACCUACCAUGGUAGAUAAAGCACUUAACUUUGUAGCUUCAAAAAUAUUUGUCGAAGGAAAUGGUGCUAGAAAGGAAGUUGGAAGAUACGUGUUUGUUUUGACUGACGGGCUAUUUGCAAAUCCGUUACAAAGUAGGAAAAAUGCACAUGCCUUACAUAUAAGAACUAAUGCGGACAUUUAUUCAAUAGCUGCUGGAAGAUUUGUUAAGCCCCAAGGCCUUCUAGAUAUAUCUUCUACCUAUCGACACGUGUAUCCCAUUGGAAUGCAAGAUUCUGUCCAAACUGUUCUCAAGCAGACUAUGUUCGGAUGCGAAGGUUGUACAAGGAGGGUUUCUGAUAUUACUCUGAUGUUCGACAUAGAGUCAGACACAAGUUUUGAAGAUUUUGAUACACUUUUAAAAGCCGGAGAACUCGUCAUAAACAACGCACACAUGUCAGAAAAUAACAGCGAUAUAUCGAUUGCAACUUUCGGUGGGGAAUACGAAUCUCUAGUCCGAUUUCAAGAGAACAAAACUAAGGAAGAGCUUAUACAAGUUCUCAGCACCGCAGUUGGUCAGACUUCUGGAAACAAACAUCUGAACGGAUCCUAUUUAGUACAUAAGGCAAUGGAAGGUUUCUCUUCUAGCAAUAAAAGAAAUGUCAUCAUUUUCUUCACACAGGCUGUCAACUUGCAUGUCGACAGUGACGAAAUUAAAAACAUUGUCGAUGGCAAAAAUAUUCUAAUGGCGUCUAUUGGUUCAGGUUUGAAUACUCAUUAUGACAGAUUGCUAAAACUUUCUUCCCAUUCCUCGUUAACCUAUAUCCUUGGAAAUGAUUUGUUCACCGACGAAACAGUGUUGUUCUCUUUACAGUCAGUUCUGGAAUAUGACGAGUGUAUUGUAUAACUUAGUGUUACAUGCAUUUGACAUAUAUGCGUUGAGAAUUAUAUUCAUUUGCACUUGUAUAUACGCAACUGUAAAGAUCCCAUGUAUUUAAAUCAUAACCGGAGAGCAGUAGAAAAUGAAAGAGCGUGUGCUAAACUAUUUACAGUUGUUCGAAAAAGCGGGUUGUUUCAACAAUUGAACAUGAAGGUACAACAUUUCAAUAGGACUAUGUUACAAUUUUCCUUGGGUCAUCACAUCUAUGCGCUAGCCGAGUGAAAACAAAUUCUGCAAAAAUCCUUGUCUUUACGACAUUUCAAUAGGACUACGUUACAAUUUUCCUUGGGUCAUCUAAUCUAUGCCCUAGCCGAGUGAAAAUAGAAUCUGCAAAAAUCCUUGUAUUUACGACAAGCCGAAUCAAUGCGCAGUUCUAAUAACCCUUUUCUAAUAUACAUUACUUGUCAUAUCACAUAAAAUACACAUGAUUU